GCCUUUCGCUUCCGGGUUGUAUCACUUCCGGUUAGAAUCUUGCCGGUUCAAAACAAACCUUUAGCUGCUCGUUUAGUUCCUUUUGACUUCAAAUGCGUCGUUGUGAAUGAUACAGGAAUCUUGAACGAGUCAUAACUAAUCGUCUGCAUCCCAAUUCUUCCAUGGAGACACCAGAGCCAGGCCCAGCAGAUGGAGAAGAGCGUCCAGUUGAGCUUCGACCUCGGACACGCUCCAACCCAGAGGGUGCCGAGGACCGCCGCAGCAGUACGGGCAGCCUCGGGGGCAACGGUAGCCAAAGCAUGGCUCAGUCUGCUGUGGGAAGCCGCGUAGAAGGAGAGGGAGAGGCUUCGACCAGCGACAGUCCUCCCAGCUCAGUCACUACCGCAGUUUCAGUGGCUGCAGCUCAGACUGGAGGUCCUGCUGCUUCAGCUGCAGCAGCGACCGGCACGGCAGCUCAACUGUCCACCUCAGUUGUAUCAGCCAAAGACAGGCCAAAGCCCCCACCACAACAGCCAGCACUAACCAUGUCCAGCCCUCCGCCAGCAGAGUACCAGCUCAGAGUUCCUCGAGCAAACUGCCCAGAGAAAGUGAUUAUUUGCUUAGAUCUCUCUGAAGAGAUGUCCCUACCAAAGCUGGAAUCUUUUAAUGGAUCUAAAACAAACGCUUUGAACAUAUCACAGAAGAUGAUCGAGAUGUUUGUGCGGACGAAACAUAAGAUUGACAAACGACAUGAAUUUGCACUUGUCGUCAUCAACGAUGAUGCCCUCUGGCUGUCAGGCUUCACCUCUGAUCCCAGAGAGCUGUGCAGCUGUCUGUAUGACCUGGAGACCAACGUGUGCGAGUCCUUCAACCUAGAAGAUCUCCUUAAUGUCAUACGUCAAAAGAUCGAGUUGCCAUUGGUGGAAAAUGUUCAGACCAUUCCACCUCCGUAUGUGGUGCGGACUCUGCUCAUCUACAGUCGACAUGCAGGACCACUACAGUUCAACCCCCCGGAAGCUGUCAGUAAAAUGCUGCAGUCUCCUUACUUUUUCUUUGACGUGGUCUAUUUACACAAUGGGGUGGAUGAACAGGCCGAGGAGACCAGCUGGAGGGACAACUACUCCUCCUUCUGUAACCUGGACUCAAAGGGCAUGUGUUAUCGCUUUGAGGUUUCUCUCAGUGGACCUGCUAUAGAGCUGCACAACUGCAUGGCCAAGCUGCUGGCUCACCCUCUACAGAGACCUUUCCAGAGUCAUGCGUCCUACAGCCUGUUGGAGGAGGAUGACCCCGAGGAUGCUGAAGCCACAGUCUAAGAAGGGACAAACUUAUAAAUCUUCACACUUUAGUUAUUUUUUCUAUAUUAUUACUGUACUUGUAGAAAAAAAAUAUAUAUUGUUUUUGUCUGGGUUUCUGCUGCCUGUAGUUCUUUAGAACAAAGCCUUUAUGUUUGUUUUAGACGCAACAAAUGAUUCAUUAGAGUUGAUGAGAAAUUAGGAACUAAAAGCAUGUGUUUUUCUUUUUCCUUUUCAAUCAAUAACUGAUUUCUGUGUAAGUCAUUUUUUUUUAAUUAAAAGCCUUUUUUCAUAAAUUAAUCCCUGUAUAGAUAUGAUCAUGAUUAUAUUAUUUUAUACAUUUUCCCUUCAUUACUUUUUCACAUUAAUUUCUUGUUUCUUCUUUACAUCGAGUCACACAGACAGUGAAAGAAUGUACCUGUUGAAGCUUCUCCUUGAUUUUUGACCUCUGGGCUGACUUGAUGGUGGUUCUCCUGCCAGUCUAGCUGCACUAAACCCAAUGUAUAGACACGUUU